UGCUCAGUCUGACCUGACUUGUCAUUCAGGACAACGGGAAAGAUGUCUCGCGCUGCAAACAGACUCCAGCUGCUGAUCAAUCACCUUGAUCGAUCACCUGCUCUUCUCCAUGCCUCACCUGUGUCUGCUCUGGCCGUCAGCUCCUCGCCGCCGCAGACUUUCAGAUACACUCUUGACAACGAGCUGCUGACUCCAGAGCAGCGGCUCUUCUACGAGGAGAACGGCUUCAUCGUUGUCAAGAAUCUGGUUUCUGACGCCGACAUCGAGCGCUUCAGGAGUGCGUUUGAGCGGAUCUGCAAACAGGAAGUGAAGAUUCCCGGCCUCGUGGUCAUGAGAGACGUCGCCAUCGCCAAGUCGGAGUUCGUGGCCGAUCAGAAGGCCGUCUCCAAACUGCAGGACUUCCAGGAAGAUCCCGAACUGUUCCGCUACUGCGCCUUACCACAGAUCCUGGAGUACGUGGAGUGUAUCACGGGGCCCAACAUCAUGGCCAUGCACACCAUGCUGAUCAACAAGCCUCCUGACGCCGGUAAGAAAACGUCCCGUCACCCGAUGCAUCAGGAUCUGCAUUACUUCCCGUUCCGGCCGGCCGACCGCAUCGUCUGCGCCUGGACCGCCAUGGAGGCCAUCAGCCGGCAGAACGGCUGCCUGGUGGUGCUGCCGGGAACACACACCGGCACGCUGAAGGAGCACGACUACCCCACCUGGGAGGGUGGUGUGAACAAGAUGUACCACGGGGUGCGGGACUACGACCCGCAGCACCCCCGGGUGCACCUGGAGAUGGCGAAGGGCGACACCGUCUUCUUCCACCCGCUGCUGAUCCACGGCUCCGGCAUGAACCGCACGCAGGGCUUCCGCAAGGCCAUCUCCUGCCACUACGCCAGCGCCGACUGCUUCUACAUCGACGUGAAGGGAACCACGCAGGAGAACAUCGAGAAGGAGGUGAAGGAGAUCGCCAGCAGGAGGUACGACGUGGACGACAGCAUCACGCUGCAGGACGUGUGGGCUCUGCGCGGCCGCCUGGUGCAGGGCGAGAGGACCACGCUGUGAAAACAACAAACGUCCGCUCCAGCCAAUCAGCUGCGAGCCGGCGGCAGACCCGCGACGUGAUUGGAGGAGAAGCACAAAGUGUUUUUUUGUUGUUUUUGUUUAUCUUGUUAGCCAGUUAGCGUUUAAUCUGAUGGCAUAUUAAUACAUACAUACACAUAAUCCAUACGUAACAGUUAAAAAUAAUAAAAAAUAAUAUAAUAUAAUUCAUAAUAUAAGAUAAAAAUUGAAAAAAAAUAUUAGUGAAAAAAAAUUAAAAAGAAAUGAAAUAAAUAAAAAUAAAAUAAAGUUCAAGGAAAAGGUAGCAAUAAAAAUUUAAAAAAUGUUCCUACCUUUGUUCAUCACCAGAGUGCCGAAUCUUUAUAGGUUUUUCAUUUUAAUUUUAAUUAAUUUAAUUUUUUAAUUAACUUUUUUUUUUUUCAAAGUUAUUAAUAAAAUAACUCUUAUUUUUUCUGUUAACAGAGUAAAUAUAUUUUUCUAAAGGAUUUUAAACAUGCAGACAUUUUCCAGCACUCGGUUCUUUUUCCCUUCACUUUCCUCAGAGCUGGAGCUUUAAAGGAACAUUUCACCCAAAACACACGACAAAAGAUUUCAGCGUUCCUCUGCUGUGAAGUCUGUCACACUGUGUGUUUGAUUUACAGGCGGAUGGAUACGGUUCACUGGUGUUCUUCGGCAGGAAAUAGUUCCCCGUUCCCCCUCGAGGCCUGUCGGGUGUGUGUGUGUGUGUGUGUGUGUGUGUGUGUGUGUGUGUGUGUGUGUGUGUCGUUGUUUUUGGAAAGAGUUUUUCUGGAAUUUUCUGACAGUUUGA